GCAUUGAGCCAGGGUAAGAGAGCAGCGACGACGACGACUCGACGACGAUGCUCUACGUCGACAAGUACCGGCCAAAGGCGCUCGACGACCUGCAGUACCACCAGGGGCUCAGCGAGCGCCUCAAGUCGCUGUCGGCCCACGAUGACUUCCCUCACAUGCUCUUCUAUGGACCGUCUGGUGCAGGCAAAAAGACGAGGAUCAUGUGUCUGCUGCGGGAGCUGUACGGGCCAGGUGCUCAGCGGCUCAAAAUCGACCAGCGCGUCUUCAUGAACCCGAGCCGGAGAAAGAUCGACGUCAACGUCGUGAGCAGCAACUACCACAUCGAACUCACGCCCAGCGACGCAGGCGGCUACGACCGCAUCAUCAUCCAGGACAUUCUCAAGGACAUUGCCCAGACGCAGCAGGUCGACGCCAAUGCGCGCCACCGCUUCAAGGUCGUCAUCAUCAACGAGGCCGACUCGCUCUCGCGCGACGCCCAGUCGGCGCUGCGUCGGACGAUGGAAAAGUACAUGGCGAACCUGCGCCUGGUACUGUGCGCCACGAGCACGUCGCGCAUCAUUGCCCCCAUCCGGUCGCGGUGCCUCCUCAUGCGCGUCGGCGCGCCGAGCCCAGACGAGAUGACGACGGUGCUGCGGUACGUGGCCAAGAAGGAGAAGUUCCACCUGCCCGACGACGUGGCAGGCAAGAUCUGCGCCGACGCCAACGGGAACCUGCGCAAGGCCAUCCUCGUCCUCGAGGCCCUGCGCAUGCAGAGCCACGAUCUCUCGGGCCCGCUAUCGAUUGCCAAGCCCGACUGGGAGACAUUCUGCGCAAAGACGGCCGACCUCAUCGUGUCGGAGCAGUCGCCCGAGCGGCUCCUCUUUGUCCGCGGCAAGCUCUACGAGCUCCUCGUCCACGCCAUCCCCGCCCGUCUUGUACUGAAGACGCUCACCGACUGCUUGGUAGACAAGUGCGACGAGGACCUCAAGUCGUCCAUCGUCGAAAAGGCUGCCUUCUAUGAGCUGAGGUGCAGGCAGGGCAACAAGGCCAUCUUCCACCUCGAGGCCUUUGUGGCCCAGGUCAUGUCGAUGAUCAAGGGCUCCUUUGAGGGCAUGGACUGGGAGUAGACACAACAAAAAGAAAUAAACAUGUACUUGUAUCCUCCAUCAUCAUCAUUCUACCAAAGCGAUAUUGUUGGCUG